GGGCCAGAAAUACCCGGGGCGGGUGCCACACGAGGCCCGCCCCGGGUACAGUAGGUGGGCUCCGUGCCAGUGUGGGCAGCGCCGUCGGGAACAUACCGUCUCUCCACACACACACACACACCUGCGCCUCCUUCAGGAUACCCUCAGGACGCACCCACCGUCCCCUCUCAUGCCACGGGGAGAUCCUAGAGCCCGCUCCUGGCUCGCUCUCAACUCGCCGACCUCCUGGUUUACCAGGACAGCCUCGAGACUCUGAAGCGAGACACGGCUGAAGCUUGGCAACUAAGGGACCACUUUCAGGUCGCGCCCCGCCGGACCUGACUCCUUCAGCAGGUAUCCACAGGUUCCUGCUGCUCCCUGGAGGAAAUUACUGAAGACUGAAGGUGGUGGUGAAGACUGUAAUGGUGUUGGAGACAAGAAUGGCGGUGUUGGUGGUGGUGGAGUAAAGUGUUGGUGAGAAACUGUGGUGUCGAGGAAUAACACACCGCUCUGUGGGGUAUAGUGUGGGCGUGCGGGCGUGUGAGCGUGUGAGCGUGCGGGCAGGCUAGCCAGCCAGCCAACUUCAACCACUAUCGACGUCCCAGGAAUGUAAAGUGAAGUUAUGUCCUCCUUUUGGAGCAACGUGAAGGGCCGGGCGACGGGGGACAAGCCGCCCUCCGGCAAGUGUCGCUCGGGUCGAGGCAAGGAGAACGAACCCCGAGGUCGACCUGUCACUCGAGAGACUACCGAAGACGACCCUCGAGAUGAGGAGGACCUCGACGAUAAGGCCGAGGUGGAGGAGGGGGCGGGAGAGGGGUGUCUCAAUGUCUCCCGUCUUGCUGGACAGGUGUGGGGUCGUGGUGGUGCAGGUGUGAUGAGGGUGGGACUGCUGCCCGCCUUCACCCGAUCUGGACGAACUGGAUCCCUACCCCACCACGCCCGCAGGUCGUCGUCAGAGGUGGUGCCGCACGCGCCAACACCUCCCCCUACACCCACUUUAGAGGACCGCCCGCCUAUCCCAGACUCCCCCAAGCCCAAAGUGAAGGGCUUGACCAAGAAACGGGCCGCCUCAGCCUCCCCUUCAAGAGACAAGAGGCGAUCCUUCCGUGGGAUAUCUCGGGACCGCUUCCCGCACCUGCCUCCCAUGCCACACCUACCUCCUAUGCCACACCUGCCACCCAUGCCACACCUGCCUCCCAUGCCACACCUACCUCCCAUGCCACACCUGCCCCCCAUGCCUAAGGCCCCAUCGCUGCCACCACAAUUACGGAAGUUUGUGAGCCGUAAGGGUGGGAAGGAGAGGCCGGGGCAGGAGAGCCCCAACAAGCCCAAUCGUCGUCAGGGCCCCGUGGGGCGCACCUGGGUCAAGGUCUACGACGACAUCACCUUCAUGGACGACGACAAGAGCGACGGUCUGUACCCCGUGCUGGCCUACACCGGCAGACCCAAGACCGUGCCCGAUGCCGCGCCCCUCCCCACGCCCCCCACGCCACCCCCACCAAGGGCGCGCCACAAGGACGCCUCCAUUGACAGCGAAUACGACAACGUCCCGAAACCCGACCAGCAGGAGCUCGAACCUGCUGACGACUUCCCGGAGGACCUGGUGGGCACGAAGCCCACCGACGAGUCAGGUCCUGUGGCCGAGGACGACCCACACGACGCACAAGCCGGUCAGGGCCGCGGCAGAGACAGGUUCAGGGGCAGACGCCAGAAGCGGACGGGGACGCCGGUGACCGUGGGACGCGGUCAGUACGACGCAGAGGCUGUCGACGACGGGAUGGACGCCGAGCGGAUGGCAGCCUUAGAGAGUGAGAUUAUGGUGAUGACAGAAGAGGAAGACUACAUCAUCCCGCAGGCUCUACAGCCCCCUCGCCCCCCUAGAGGCUACAAGGUCUACGACAACCUGGAACUGACGCCCACUGACAGCCGCGACCAGCAACAGCAGCAGGAGCAACAGCAGCAGCAGCAGCAGCAGCAGGAGGACACAGAAGUAGUAGAGGAACCCAUCAAGCCGCGCAGAGGAGUCAAGCUCUACGAAGAGAUAAUCAUAAAACGACAACAGUUCCUCCCUGCUGAGGAGGAGCAGAGCUCAGCAGACGAGGAGCAGCAGGAAAGUGAGCAGGUGCGCAGUGCAGAACAGGAACCACCAUUCGAGACAGUAGCUGUGGCGGAGAAGACAAGUGGAGAGAUACCGCUGGAAAGGGAGACAGACGAGGCAGGGCAGGAGCAGGAGGCAGGGCAGGAGUCAGGGCAGGAGCAAGAGGCAGGGCAAGAGGCAGGUCAGGGGCAGGAGGCAGGUGAGGCAGGGCAAGUGAAGCCUGAAGCCACAACCGAGGAACCUAACCGCCCUAAGCGAGGCGUGAAGGUCUACGAGACAUUAGAGGUCCGACGCACGGUGCCUACCGAGUACAGGUUCGAGACCACGAUGGAGGAGAGUGUCUCCGAGGUGUACGACCAGCAGGAGGCCGCUCGGGAGAGUCGUCCUCCAGGCCCCGAGGCGGAGGGGUUGCCACCCCGGCCUUCACGAGGCCACAAGGUCUACGCCGCGGUGGUCAUAGAGCGUCACCCCGAGAGCGGUCAGGCGCUGGUCUCCGACGUCUCCCUCCUCCUCCACGACCAGACACGUGGAGAGGCACGCGUUAAUGGCAGCCUUGCGCCAGCUGUGGAGGACACACCUGCAGGAGACACCGCAGCAGCUGUGGAGGACAUACCUGCAAGUGUGAAGGACACGCCUGCAGGAGACACCGCAGCAGCUGUGGAGGACAUACCUGCAGGAGACACCGCAGCAGGUGUGGAGGACACACCUGGAAGAGGUACAGCAGCAGGUGUGGUGGAUACACCUGCAGGAUACACCUCCACACUAGCAGCUGGUGUGGAAGACACACCUGCAGCAAGCACAGCAGCAGGUGUGGUGGAUACACCUGUAGGUGUGGAGGACACACCUGCAGGAGGCACAGAAGGAAUCCCUGGAGCAGGUGUGGAGGACCAGCAGCAGGGUGGGGGGGCGAGGGAGGGGGUGCCACCAUACGCCCGGGUGUUAAAGGGUGCCGGAAGUAGGGAGCUGCGCCCCCUAGCCACUAGCGAGGACGACGAGCCCCCACCACCCAUCCCCCCCAAGAAGAAGGGGCUGAGGACCAUCUCCCCCCAGCUGGAGAGGGACCCCCCUCGCCCCCCGAGACACCUCAAACCCAAGACCCGGAGGUCUGUGCUGAUGGUCAACGGGGACAUCUGCCCCCCUCGCCCCGCCAGGGGCACUAAGGUCUACGCCUCCGUCGAGGUCCUCACCCCUGACCCCCCCAAGCGGCACUCCAAGGUCGUGCGCAUCGAGGACCUCGCCGCCCACAUCAAGGACGACUUCGACACCCAUGACGUGCCCCUCAAGCCCACCAGAAACGCCCACAACGUGCCACGACGACGCAAAAAGCAUAAGCAAUGGAGGGUGCGGGAGGAGGGGGGAGGAGGAGGUGUGAGGGGGGGAGAGGUCUCCCUCACUACCGACUACGACAACUACGAGAACAUUACACUGAGUGAGGGCUGCCCGCGCCCCACGGCCCGCAACCGCACCCGGCCCCUCCCCCCGCCCCCUCCACCCCCCAAGAAGGGCAAGAUCCAAGAGCAUCACCAGCAGCGCCUCCUGGCGGGGGGCGGUGAUGACGCGGGGAGUCAGGGCAGCCAACCGCAGGCAGGUGCAGGAGGGGCGGCGAGUGUUGGCAGGCCUGGGGGAGGGGAGGGCCAGUGUGGGUGCCUCCACCCAGCCAGUCGCCCCUCAACACACGCGGGGACUGGCGUCGGUCACCGUCGUCCCGCCGCCUCGCUCGACACCGACAUCGACGACAACCUCAAGACCAUCGAGUCGUCUUUCGCCGCGCUCGACACCGUCCUAAAGUCUCUGCAGACGUACUCGCGAGCCUCUCCGGGCAGGCUCGGGGGCAGCCUCUCAGGCCAGGAACUAGCCCACCACCCGCCUCCUGCUGCCUCCAUCACUGCACCACCAACGGCGUCACCGCCAGGACCCGCGCCGUCAACCCCGCCGCCGUCACCCACACAAACAGCCUCGCCAACGGUACUAACGGCCUCGCUAACAGUGCCCACGACGCCAACAGAGAGAGCCGUCGAGGCGACAGUGAGAGUGGAGGCCGCUACACCGACGCCAGAGCGGGUACCGGCACUGCAGGACUCAUACGAGGCGGGGAGCACUGUGCACCAGGCAACAGUGACGCCUCAACACCACCACCACUCUCACCACACCAACAGUGAAGCCAACAGUGCCGUGGUGAGGGAAGCCAAAGGUGGUGACGGCACUGUUGAAAACGUCCAGAGUGAUUUAGACGUGGGACCUGGCGAGCCACAGGUGAAAGCCGCCGCCGAUAACGCUCAAAGUGAAUCCGUGGAAGUCAAAACUGACACAGAAACAGCAGUGAAAUUCAAAGAGGGUAGAACAGUUUUUGAAACUUCGGUGAAAAUUGGUGAAUUCAAAGAGAGUGCGGAGGAUGCUAAAAAGUUAGAAAGUGUGGAAAUUAAAGCCCAAUCAAGUGAAAUCCAAAGUGAAUUCAGUGCUGAUCCUCAUAUAAGUGCUGAAAAGGUGGAAGUCAAAAGAGAACCCUUAAAAGCUGUUCCAGAAACGACAUUGAAAUUUGAGAAGGGAAAGACCGUUCUUGAAACGACAGUGAAAAUCGGGGAAGCCAAAGAGGGUGCUGAGGAAGCCAAAUUCACUCCAGAGGCGAGCUUAAAGAUAGAAACUAAGGCUGAGUGCGAUGACCUCAAAGGUGAUCAAUAUCCAGUAGUGACAGAAGAGAAAGUCAAAACCCAUGAACGUGUGGAAGUUAAAACGGGUCAGGAGACAGUAGUAAAGUUUCACGAGGGCAAGACACUGUUUGAAACCACGGUGAAGGUUGAAGAAGUCAAACCUAUUGACAAAGUCAAACCUGUUGACGAGGAAGUCAAAGAUGUUCACGAUGACGCAAGGCUGUCGCCUCAUGAAACAGCUGUUUCUCAAUCAGCCGUGAAAGAGGAAUCCAAGGCAGAUACAAAUCAACAAGCUUCAACAAGUUAUGCUGUAGAAGAAAUCAAGGUAGGUGACCCUGUUGAAGUCAAAAUAGUUCCCGAGACAGCUGUGAAAUUUGAGGAAGGCAAAACCCUGUUUCAAACGUCAGUGACAAUUGGGGAAGUUAAAUCUGAGGACGACGCAGGUAAACGUUUACCAUAUGCUUCAGACAAGGUCGAGGAAUUCAAACAAGACACCAAAAACAUUGACAAUACUUCCCAAACGGCUUUGAAGUCAAAGGAACCUGUGGAAGUCAAAACAGUACUAGAGAAACCCCAAGAAGAAAGAACACUGCACGAGACAACAGUGAAGAGUGAAGAAGUCAAAAUCGCCUUAGAGACUGGUGCGGCGCCCAAGGUUAGACCAGUCGAUCAGGCUUCAGAGGAAGCCAAAGGCGCUUCUCAAGCGCCCGUUAACGCCGAGAAAGUCAAAAGUGAACCAGAGACGACUUUCAAAUUUGAAGAAGGAAGAACACUCUUUGAAACGACAGUGAAAAUUGGGGAAGCCAAAGACAACACAGAGGAUGCCAAAUACAGCACAGAUGAAGUCAAAACUACACCAAAGGUAGGUGACGAGAUAGUCAAGUGUGUUUCUGAGGUAACAAACGUUGAUGAAGCCCUAACCACGGAGGAAGACAAACCUGAUUCCGAAAAUAACGAUAAAACUACCCGCACAUCAAAAAUUUGUGAAGCCAAAAAGGACCCAGAGGAAGUCAAAACUGUCACUCAAACGGAUGUGAAAUUUGAAGGGGGGAAGACAUUACUUGAAACCACAGUCAAGGUUGGAGAAGCAGAGCAAGUCAAAUUUGAACCAGAGGAUGAAGCCAAAUCCUGUGAACCAGAGGAAACAUCAAGGGAGGUAGAUGUAUCAGUGAAAUGUGAGGAAGUCAGACCACAGGAAGAAGUCACUAGCCGUGGGCAACAGACUCCCGACCAGUUUGAGGAAGCCAAAGUUGAUCAUCCGCCAAAGAAACUCAGAGGAAGAACCGUCUAUGAAACUCUAUAUCAAGUUGAAGCUAUCAAGGAGAGGAAGUCAAAGACACAAGAGAAGGUAGAAGACACAAAAAUUGAGUCUGCAGAGGUGACGAAGAGGCAGGAGGAAGCCCCAGCAGUCACAGAAGUAGCAUCGACGCAGGAGGAAGCCUCAGCAGACAUAGAAGUUGCAUCGGCGCAGGAAGAAGCCCCAGCAGACAUAGAAGUUGCAUCGGCGCAGGAGGAAGCCUCAGCAGACAUAGAAGUUGCAUCGGCGCAGGAGGAAGCCUCAGCAGACAUAGAAGUUGCAUCGGCGCAGGAAGAAGCCCCAGCAGACGUAGAAGUAACAUUGACACAGGAGGAAGCCCCAGCAGACGUAGAAGUAACAUUGACACAGGAGGAAGCCCCAGCAGACGUAGAAGUAACAUUGACGCAGGAGGAAGCCCCAGCAGACGUAGAAGUAACAUUGACACAGGAGGAAGCCCCAGCAGACGUAGAAGUAACAUUGACGCAGGAGGAAGCCCCAGCAAACGUAGAAGUCUCAUUGACACAGGAGGAAGCUCCAGCAGACAUAGAAGUUGCAUCGACGCAGGAGGAAGCCUCAGCAGACGUCAAAAUAACAUCGACGCAGGAGGAAGCCUCAGCAGACGUCAAAAUAACAUCGACGCAGGAGGAAGCCCCAGCAGACACACAGAUCCCAUCGACGCAGAAAGAAGUCCCAGCAGACGUAGAAGUGUCAUCGACGCAGGUGGAAGCCUCAGCUGACGAAGGAAUAACGCAAGCGGAAAAGGAAGCCCGAGUCGAAGUGACACAGACGCAGGAGGAAGCCCCAACAGAAGAGACACAGGUGAAAGAGGAAGCCCCAACAGAAGAGACACAGGUGAAAGAGGAAGCCCCAACAGAAGAGACACAGGUGAAAGAGGAAGCCCCAACAGAAGAGCCACAGGUGAAAGAGGAAGCCCCAACAGAAGAGACACAGGUGAAAGAGGAAGCCCCAACAGAAGAGACACAGGUGAAAGAGGAAGCCCCAACAGAAGAGACACAGGUGAAAGAGGAAGCCCCAACAGAAGAGAGACAGGUGAAAGAGGAAGCCCCAACAGAAGAGACACAGGUGAAAGAGGAAGCCCCAACAGAAGAGACACAGGUGAAAGAGGAAACCCCAACAGAAGCAAAACAGGCACAGGAGGAAGCCACAUCAGAGGAGACAGAGAAACAAAAGGAAACAACAGUGGGGACGCAGGAGGAAACAAAAGCAGACACAGAGGUGACGCAGGAGGAAGCCACAACAGACGCAGAGUUGACGCAGGAGGAAGCCACAACACACACAGAGGUGACGCAGGAAGAAGCCACAGCAGACACAGAUGUGACGCAGGAGAAAGCCACAGCAUACGCAGAGGUGACACAGGAGGAAGCCACAGCAGACGCAGAGGUGACGCAAGAGGAAGCUACAUCAGAGACACAUACGCAGGAGGAAGCCUCAGCAGACGCAGAGUUAAUACAACAGGAAGAUCCAGCAGAAGAGACACAGACGAAGGAGGAAUAUACAGCAGAUACACAGGUGGUGCAGGAGGAAUAUACAGCAGACAAACAGGUGGAGCAGGAGGAAGUCAGAGCAGAUACAGAGGUGAGGCAAGAGAAAUCCUCAGCAGUCGCAGAGGUGAAGCAGGAGGAGGAUCCAACAUAUGCAGAGGAAGCCCCAGCAGACCUAGUGACGCAGACGCAGGAAAAAUCCCCAGCAGACGUAGAGGUGACGCACGAGGAAGCCUCAACAGAAGCAAAAGUGCCACAGACGCAAGAAGAAGCCCCACUAGAUGACGCAGCAGGAGGCACGACUGGACUAGAGGCUGGUGUAGCAGACAUCGCAAGUCGUCUGGAAGCCCACCACCCGCCCACCAGUUUAGAGCAGGGAGCAGCCUUGGGGGAGGAGGAAGAGCGGGUGGACGCGGCCUCCGCGAGACGUCUUUACGCACCUCACUCCGGUCUCUCAUUCAACCACCAGGAAUCUGAAUGAGGAGAUUCUGGCGGACUUGGAAGAGCGCAUCGCAGACUGGGAGAAACAUAAGAAGAUAUCGGAUGUAAUUGUACGCAAGGGACCCUUCCUCAAACUGUAUUCGGCCUACAUAAAGGAGUUUGAAUGCCAGUGU